CAGGAUAUGUGUCAGCCGAUUUACUGCCCAGAAGGAAUGUUUCGAACUCCAAAUGGUUGCACUUAUUUUGCAUUGAAGUGGUUUGCCCCAUGGGCGAUGAUUCAAAUCAAGCUUCUACCAAAAACUGGAACCAUGCUAGCUGAAACAGAUCUGCUAUUACUUGGACACGAGGAGCGACGAAGGCCAUUAAUGUUGUUGAAAGUACCAUGCCGUAAAGUAAGGAUUUCAAGUGUUGAACUGUUUUAUUCCACCUCGGUGAAUACAAUAAAUCAAAAGGCAAAUGGAAACGAAACAUCAAGAUAUGUAACGUCACUCAUUGCAAGAGUUUGGAAAUCUUUUGAUUAUUACACUGGGAUGGAUCCAUCCGUUAUUAUUCCUUUAUUCCAUAAAUGUGCUACUGGCGUCUGGGAGGUUAAAUUGUGGAACAAAGUUUAUAGAUUCGAUUCGUAUUUUGAUAAAUACAAUGUAUAUAUUCAAGAUGGACAGGCAAGAAAGACAAAAUGGCCGCCAGAUGGAAAAUCUACUUUCACAGAAGCUCCGGCUGACAAUGCUUUGUACACAAAAUUAGCAGAAGGUCCAACUAGUGUCUCCGAUUUUAAAUACGUUGGUAUUAACCUGAAGAAGCCUUACUUUUGUAAUCAGGUACAAUUGCCAAGCAAUGACAUCCGUGUAAGACCCGGAGAAAUUUUCAUUAUUUCCCGUAAUAUCACUCUUGGAAAUAACGAAUACAUUGUAAAUUACCCAAUGAAACUGAUAAAUGACAAAGUGCGUGCUUUUAACGAGUCAACAUUUUCUGUUUGUUCCGAAGACUAUUAUCAUACAAGAAACUACGCAAGUACGACAAGAAGAAAUGACGGUUUCUGGAGGAUUGUUAACGGACUUCUUUUAAGCUAUAUAACUCAGUUAUCUUUUAAGUAGUCAAUGAAGUUUUAA